AUGCCCCGCAGAAAGAACCAAUCCUCCGCGUCCCUCGGCAUCCGGCUCGACAACCCAUGCCACCACUUUACGCCCGGGGACGACGUCACAGGCCAUGUCUACCGGCGCGACCAUGCCGUCGGCACAAAUGCCCACGUCACAAUCAUGUUUACGGGCGAGGUUUGGAACGAGGAAGAUCGGACAGAGCACCGGGGCAACAUCCAUAGCAACAACGCGUGGGGCAUCACUCGCACCGGCAUCCAUCGCUCUGUCAACACGCUCUUCCAGACAGCCCAGACACUCUACAGCGGGUCGGUAUACAUGCCGGCAGGUAGACGCGAGCAGAAAUGGCCCUUCGCAUUCACAAUACCUACUCGCGCCAAUGGGCCAUUAACGGGGAGAAGAGGCUUCACGGCGCCCACCGCGCUAAAGGGCCAAAAGCAACCCCUCCCGCCGAGCUAUGUACUCGCCGUCGGCGACUCCGUCGAGGCCGCGGUAGAGUACGUUCUUGAUGCGAAGGUAACCUUCGAGUCCAACGGCAAGAGUUACAGACACCAAGCCCUGCUCCUCCUCAAUAUCGUCCCGUACCUAGCUCGGCUUCCACUUACGGAUCACAAACUGAAGACCUGGUAUUUCGAGCGCACCCGUAUGACCAGGCUGGUCCGGCCAAACAAGGUCCCCGGCCUCGCGUGCAAGGUUGAGGUGCAGGCGCCUGGAGUUAUCCAGCUGGAAAACCACCACCCGAUUCCCUUCCGCGUGUGCGUGGUCCCCGUCAUGGGCCCGGAUUCAGGUUCCAGCACACAACUCGGCAGCGUCCCGCAGAGAGCUAAAUUGACGCGCAUCCGCAUUUCCGUUUACUCUGUGACCUCUAUCAAGGUCAGCGACAGAGACGACUCCGGUACCCUGGCGGCGACGGUGAUUAUCGACCUUCCGGUCAUAGAGCACAUGGUGGGGAAGUUUUCGAGCGACACAAGCGACAAGAGCAGCGCUAUUGAGAUCCCUUGUGGUCAAGACGUGGUGGCAAUGGAUAUUGGGACGCUUAUCGGGCUCAAGAUCGGACACCGUGCGAAAGGAGAAUACCCCGCUGGCCCGGAACGGCAGGGGGGAGUAUUGGCGACGGUAUACCCUACCAUUGCAACGUGGUAUCUCGCGCUCAAGCACAAGCUAGCUUGGGAGAUUGCCCUCGAAAUUUGUGGGGAGAAGUUUGACAUCGGGGCUACGGACGACGUCGUAAUACUGCCUCCACCACGUCUACAGCAGGGCUUAUCAUAG